AUGGCGGCGGUUCAAACCCGUGUCCAGACCUCAAAGGAGGAAGAGCCUAUUCAUUCUCGCAUACAGGCAACCAAAAAUCCUUUACGAAUCUCACAAGUGAAGCCCUCGCCUCAACUUGGCAGCAUGGCCUCGAAAAAAUCUCCCGUCAAGAUCUCACAGAAAGUCAUGGUUCCUUUGUGCGCACUCAUGUUUGUGUUUGCUACCGUUAUAUUUAUUGAAGACCCUUCUUUUGUGAGAGCAAAGGAGACUUCAAGACUGUUUACGAAGAAUCGUGUGCCGACGGGGCAACAAUUCUUCACCUAUCGCCAAGCGACAGCUCCAAUGUGGGUAUAUCGCGGCCUGCACGCCUUUCCAGCUGCGAUUUGGAGCAUUGGCAUGCCCUUGCAGCACGUCGACAGCCUUCGCAAGAAAUGGCCCGUCUUGCACCGCUCUGCAGGCUACGUGCUCCUCUCCAUGUCGCUGCUCCUCAGCAUCACCGGCUACUGGUUCUUCAUCUCCAAGCAUGCCUAUAGCCACGAGAACCCGUUUCAUCUUCACAGCUUCAAGGGCCUGCCUCUGCUCGCAUGGCCCACCUUUGAGGUGACGACCUGGUUCUUGGCACCAUUUUACUGGUUCACCAUGUACAAGACGGCCACGACGGCGCGAGCCAAGAAAUUUGUGCAGCACAGAAAAUGGGCCGUCUUGCAUACCCUUUCCGCUUCCGUCAUCACCGCGGAGCGUUUGAGCAUCGUCACAUUAAACGCGAUUGGCAUGGCCAUGAGCCUAUUACCGCAGAAGGUGGUCCAUGAGUUUUUUGGGGUGGGAUACACGAUCCCGGAGAUUGCAGAGGCAGAGCUCAGCGUAUUUGCUUUUGCGAAUGUGCUUGCAUUCAUCUUUGUCUUGUCGUGGCUAUAUUACGAAUUUUCCCGCGCUGGGUAUUUUGAACGCAAAGGAAGUGUCCGCUCCUCAACGGUGAUGGAAACGAAAAGCGGAAAGAAAGACAUGUGA